AUGAAUACCGCCGAAACAGACAAUAACGCUGAUCGAAGAGUUUUGUCAUCGUUAUCAAAACCGCCAAAACAGAAACAAAAAGCUUCCAAGACAAAAAAUAACACCUCGAAAAUAAAAGAUAGCAUACUCACACAAACCCUUUUAAAGGGAAUGACAGCCGAAGAUGUGCCAUUCCCGCAACCAGAACUAAUUCAACGCAUACUUUCAAACUCACGUCGAGCAGUAAGAGUGUCAACAGGUGGUGGUGGGAAAAAUAAUAAUAACAAUGAUACUAUUAUUCCCAAGAGUAGUGCCAACAUCAAUCAUAAUCAUAGUGCCAAGAAGAAAAGAAACGAGCCACCGCGACCUCCCAAUAACUUUUUCUUGUUCCGUCACGCGUUGCAUCUACAUUUAUCCAAUUUAAGUUUAAAAGUUCCGCAAGUUUCCGUGGCUGCAGGGAUCUUGUGGGAUAAUGCAUUGCCGAAUACAAAAGCGUAUUACUCCAAUUUGCAAAGUAUGGCAAAAGAAUGGCACUUAAAAAUGUAUCCGGGAUACGUUUACCGGCCAAGAAGAGCUGUAAAGAAAUUGUCUAAAAGCAAUAGCAGCAGUAAUAUUGCAGAGGUUGCAGUUAAAACUUCCAAUGCGAUAGAUACAAGAAAUAUUGUUAUUUCAGACAAUGAAAUAACUCAAAAUUCAACAUUAUCAUCAUCGAUAAUUAAAAAUGAUGAUUUAUAUCUUGUAAAUGAACAGAUGAUUACGAAAUCCUGUAAGAAUCAUUACCCAAAGAAAUAUCCAUUAUCUCCUAUUACGACAACUGAAUCAGAGACUUCGUUACAUUCACCACCAAUAUCUCCGUUAUUACAACAACAGCAACCGUCACCAUCUGGUGAAUUCCAAUCACAUGAUUCAUUUUUAUUAGCACCUGAAGAGACACGUAAGAUGACAUAUACCGAAGCAUAUCAAAUUGCACUUCUUCAUCGAAACAUUAUGAUCAGGCAAAAUCAAGAAGAUCAUCAUCGAUAUCAAGAACAAGAAAGUUACGCUUCACAAUCAAUUAAUUCUACGAUCCAAAUUGAUCCGAAUCUUGCAUUCACCUCAGACUCUAUGAAUCUAUACAAUACCAAUAACAGCAAUAACUAUCGUAUUUAUCAAACACAGCAGCAUGAUAAUCACGAAAAUAAUGAUGAUAUUCAAUCAACAUCCGUUGACGAGUAUUCAAUCAAUCACACAAAUCCAUUUAGUCUUGAAACGACGAAUGGUAUAAACAACAGCAAUAAUAACGCUAUUUCUAUAAGUUCCAACUUUAGUGAAUGGAUUAAAUAUGAUACACCAAUUUAA